CGCUACAACCAAUGUUAAAAUCUUAGAAUAAAAAAGACGGUGCCAAACCUCAAUUACAUUUAUUUUGAGUACCGUAAUAUAUAUAUGUUGUAAUAUGCUUCUCAGUGAGAUCCGCAUGCGCUUCCCGACCCGCUUUUUCUUUACAUUCCUUUCGUGUCACGCAUGCGCAGACGGCUCUUAUUGCCAUUACCUUAUUUGGAUAUGGUAAUUUUCAACUUCAAACAGCCUAUCAGUGACCGAAUGCGUUAUCACGUGACGCUCAAAGAUCGCUUGGGAGGCGGUGUCAAGUGUGGAGCUGACUUUAAAAGCAGUGGGCAAGACACAGAGCUCUCAGUGUAGGGAGAAACAGGGAAGAGAUGUAAUAGGAAACUUGGUUUCUAUGAAAUUUAGUCAUAUUUACAAGAAAAUAAUAAUAAUAACAUAAAGAAUCAUCAAAAAUCCCUCUAAGUUAAUAGCCUGCCCAUAGGAUUUUUAGAUUUAGUUCAGGUUAUUGAAGGGCAUUUACACUCACUAUUCUGACACUUUUGUAAAGAUGUGUGAGGCAGUUAGUUAGCAAGCUAGCUAGCUAAGGCGGCAGGAGGAGAACAAAAGAUUUUUUUUUUCAGUUUUGACCGGUUGCACUGACACCAAGUCCAUGCAGAACGUGUCAUCACCAACACAAUGCCCGUGUUACUUUUUCUGAUAGACACGUCCGCGUCAAUGAACCAGCGCACCCAUCUGGGCACUACCUAUCUGGACAUAGCAAAAGGCGCUGUUGAGACUUUCAUGAAGCUUAGAGGCAGAGAUCCGGCGAGCCGAGGGGACCGGUAUAUGUUGAUAAAUUUUGAGGACGUUCCCCUCGGAAUCAAGGCUGGAUGGAAAGAGAGCCAUGCCACAUUCAUGACAGAGCUGAGGAACCUUCAAGCAGCAGGACUCACAACUAUUGGCCAGUCUUUGAGGACCGCUUUUGAUUUGCUCAAUCUCAAUAGAUUAGUGUCUGGGAUAGACAACUAUGGACAGGGCAGGAAUCCCUUUUUCCUGGAGCCGUCCAUCAUAGUGGCCAUCACCGACGGCAACAAGCUGACCAGCAGUGGCGGAGUCCAGGAUGAGGUCAGUCAUCAUGGUUUCCGUGGUGACCAGGGUCACAGCCAAUCAGGAGUACUUCCUGUUGGUCAGCUGAACAGACAACUCUCUCUGUUUGUACGUGAAGAGCCACCGCAAGGCGUUAUAAUUUUUACAGCGGAUGCUGCAGAAGUGAACUCUUUGAUAAAAGACUCGAUUGUCCGCCCGCACACACACACACACACGCUGGCUGGUGCACCCGCACACACACACACACACGGCUGGCUGGUUAAACUUGUCUGAGAACAGCUUAUACUAUAUCUUUGUCUAUAAUUUCU